UCAGAUGCAUAUAAAGAGGAGGCAAGAUCAUGGCAUUCCGAACUUCCCAACCACCGCACACUUCUAUUAAAGUGGUCCUAUCCAUUGAGUGAGCUCGCACAUCGAUCCAUCUCUAUCAAUUUAGUCGUUCACAAUGAUUUGCGCAAUCACAAUCAUCUAUCUUUUCCUCUCCGCGGUCGCCAUCAUUGCCGCUCCCAAUCCAAGGCCUCACCGCCAGGACGAUCCUACAACAUUACUCUCCUCCCUCAAACCGACCACAGUCCCAGGAACAACCUGGGCUGGGCCAGGAACUGGAGUCCCCUCGGUGACGGGAACUACCGUGGCGCUGCCUUCAGCCUCGCCAAGCAUAUCGGCAACGGAGACGACUGUGGCCUCCCCUUCGGCCUCGCCAAGCCCAGUGCUAGGGGAAAAAGCGGGUGUGUUUGCGUGUGAGCACGUUGUAUGGGGUGGCAAGUGCCAGCUAUUCAACAAUCCCAUCGGCGGGGCCCCGGAGCAGUGCACCGUGAUUCCUGAAGAUUUCAAGAUCUCUUCUGUCGGGCCUGACAAGGGAUGGAAGUGUCUGUUCUACAAAUCUGCAAUCUGCCGCGAUGUCGCAUCGCCCCCUUCGGGGAUCCUGACACUCACGUGGCCUGGUAACGACCGCUUGACAGAAGCCAACGACGCGAAUGGCGUAACUUGGAAUGACAAUAUCAGAAGCUAUCAAUGUUUCAAGGAGACUGCCGAGUAGCUACUGUAGCAUUCUAGCUGCAUACGACCAUUAUCUGGGUAGCUCGGUCACCGCAUUGCUAGAGUAAAUGGACCGCGAAUCAGGCUGGUCAUUGAAAGAAUACAGAAGGAUUAGUAUAUACCAACUUUAUAGUUAUAUUCAACCAAUAAUGAGGGACAUUGCAAUAAGAGCACAAGUGCCGAAACGUGACUGUCCUCUUGUACUCCAGUCCCGUCAAGAACUCCAGAGUAUUGACGUAACGUAAGACCGAUCCACAUUUGACAUCGUGAUGGUCACACCCAAGCUUCUCUUACGGCCGUGUCUACUGUGAAGUCACCACAAAGUCGUCGUUGGUACGAACUGAAGUCGUCUCAAGCCCAAAAUAGUAUACAACUAGCGGCAUCUCGUUCCGCGACCUAUCAAUUGAAGACUCU